CACCGAAAAAAUGGUGUUGUAAAGAUGGGCUGAAAUUUAUUAGUUUCAAAGCGGCUUUUCUUAUAAUAGGUUCAGACUAUUUUAUAAAAUAUUAAAUAUAGUGUUUUGUAAGUUUCUUAACUUGAUGAUUAGAAUUCUAAAAUGUUUAGAGUAAGUAUUUAUAAAAGUUUAUUAACGACGCUUUCUAUAAUUAACAUUUUUUCUCGGCAUUUCUUGAUCGCAUAAAAAUUGAACAAUUCAGUUACUAUGGCCAUGUUGACGACGCAGACCUACUAAAAAUUAAUUGAUUUAAAGAAUUAGAUGAUUUAAAGCACGAUAAAAAAAAAGAAGAAGAAGAUGGAAAUGACUGGUAAAUUAUUUGAAGGAAAGGAUUAUCCAACACAAUGGGCUCUAAAUCCUUCCACUUAUCAAAACAUGAGCAACGACCAAGUCGAUUGGGCAGCAUUAGCUCAACAAUGGAUAAAAAUGAAGGAAACAGUUGUUCCUCCUGCCCCACCACCACCCUCGAUUGAUACGGGACAAUCAGACAACGAUGGAGGAGGAGAAGCUCCAAUGGAUAUGGAUACUAAAGACGAUGACAUUCCUCCAGCACCCCCAGCACCAAGUAUAAGUGGAUCAGACUACUAUGUUAUGAUGAGAGGUAAUGAUAGAUCCAAGGAAAAACAAAUAUUCCACAAGAAAUCACAUAAAAAUAAUUCAGAUGGUUGGAAUCAAUGGAAUCAAUGGGGACAUUGGAAUGCAUCUGGACCUGGACCGGGAAAUUGGGAAUGGAGUGGAGUACCACCACCAGGAGUUACUAUUGGACCAGAUGGAAAACCAACUGGAAUAAGUAAUACACCAGUUGCACCAGCAGCGCCUCAAAUAUCGGGAAAUUUCAAUGUUCCACCACCGUCGGCAUCAUCUCCUUAUGUUUAUAAUUCUGUUACAAAUGCACAGACAUACAAUCAGGUAUCGUCAUAUUGGUCAGGUGAUCAAUCUGGUGUAAUGUCUUCUCAACCACCACCAUUCUUAAAAGGAAUGCGUCAUUCUAAUAGAAUGCCACCAAUUCGUGGUGUAGAUCCAAUGAGAUCACGAGAAGAAAGAGAACCAACGCCCGAGGAAGAUCAAUAUACAUUAGACGCUGCCAAACGAAGACAAUUACCAGCAUGGAUAAGAGAGGGUUUAGAAAAAAUGGAGAGAGAAAAACAAAAGGCAGUUGAACGUGAAAGACAAGAAGAAUUACGAAAGCAAGAAAUUGAAGCACGAAAAAAGGCUGAAGAUGAAGCUCGCGCUGUUUUAAAUCCAAGCAAAAGCAAAUUUGAUUCGGAUUCGGAGAAGGAAACGGAAGAAGAGACAGGAUCAAGGCAGGAUGAAACGGAAAAAAAUCAUGAUCGUAGUCCAGAUCAUGGUCGUCCACGUCGAUCACGUUUUAGGGAUGCUGAGUCGCCCGAUUCACGUUCAGCAAAAGAAGGAAGUCCAAUUUCAAAUUUUACACCAUCAAUUCCAAAGCGAUCGCGGGAAGAAAUUUUACAAGAUGUGAUGUUGAAAGUCCGGAGGUCAUUAACGGAAAUUCUAUUGGAAGUAACAAAUGAAGAAAUAUCGUCAGUAUGCAGAGAGGUUUGGAGCCGCGCACGAGCCAAAGCCCCUGCAGGAGAGCCCCCUGUCGCAUCCUUCAACAACACGGCCCCUCUUGCUCAGAUCACUCGGAAACUUGGUCUGGGCAUCUAUGGUGACAGUAACAGCGAAUCUGAGGAGGAGCAGAAGGAGGAUGAAGAACCAGAGGACGAAGACAGUGAUGAGGAACUCAAGGAAACGUUAAGACGAAGACAGCAAGCAUUUAAGAAAACAGAAGAGGAAAUAGAGGCACGAUUGGCUGAGGAAGAACAGGAAAUGAAACGACAGGAGGAACAUAUUUAUGAACAACAGAAAAAUCAUAUUGGUAAUUCUAGCGGCAGAAAUUCAGUUGAAAAUGAAACGAUAAAUAAUGAAAGAGAAGCAUCAGAAACGAUGUCAAGCGGCGGACAAACGCCGCAACAUCAAUUAAUAACAACCGACAACACAUCAAAGAUUAAUUCCCCAAUCAAAUCAGCUGGAACGGAAUCUAGCAGUGAUGAUGAUGAUGACGACGAUGAUGAUUCUAGUACCGAAACAAGUCAAAGUUCAACAAGAAAAAUUAAACGAUCACGAAAGGAACGUGAUGAUAGGAAACAAAAGUCAAAAAGUCGAAGUAAAUCGAGAAAUCGUCGUUCAAGGUCACGUUCUUCUGAUCAUUAUAGAAGACGUAAAUCUAGAUCUAGAUCACGUAAAGGUUAUCGUUCACGUUCAUUAAGUAGUUAUAGGUCUGGGAGAAAACAAAGAUCAAGAUCGAGGAAUCGUAAACGAGAUAGAUCGCGCUCUAAAUCCAGAUAUAGAUCACGAUCACAUUCAAUUGGACGAAGAUAUUCGCGAUCACAAUCAAGGGGUAAGAGACGUUCACGUUCGCAUUCCAGAAGUAGAAGAAGAAGUCCCUCUUAUUUGAGUAAUAGAAGAAGUAAUUCUCGUUCACGUGAAAGAAGAAGAAGUCUUAGCCGAUCCAGAGAUAGAAGGAGAUCACGUACUCGAUCAAAGGAACGAAGACGCUCACCCUAUUCGUCGAGAAUUAAAAGACGCACUCGCUCAAGGUCCCGUGAUCGGAGACGAUCGAGAUCAAAAUCAAGGCACACUGGUCAUCGUGAUGGUAAGAAGUCAUCGCAUCGAUACAAGGAUUGAGAGCUAUCUACUAUUUUAAGAAAGACUCUUCUCUGGUUUACAACAAGAUUUCUCGACAAGCCCAAGAGACAGCUUCAAAUAGUUCAGUUAAUAUAAAAAUCAAAUAUAUAGUAAGCUCGUUUUUUUUUUUUUUUUAAGAAAAAAUAUAUUAAACAGUGAAUGUGCUCUUUAACGAUUUUAAUGUCAGUUUAUUAUUCAUACACAUGUGUUUGAAACUAUUUCCCUGGUGGUUACCGAGCAAUAAUUCUACAAAAUAUGUAAAUAAUAAACGUAAUUAAUACGUA